CAGUGCUCCGUAAUGUCUUCAUCUCCUUCUGCAGGAUCUGCCGUUGGAGGGGCCUGCAUGAAGACGGACGCAGCCUAUCUGAAGAUCAUACCUGGGCCUUCCCUUCGCCAGGCGUUCGUUCCCCAACCUGGACCUUCUCUUUGCCAUCCGCUAGUGGCCCUGACUAGAAAUUCCCAGGUUCUAGGUAUACAUGGGCCCUCUCUGUGUCAAGUGCUUGUUUCCCCGCCUGGGUCCUGUCUUCGCCAGGCUAUAGUUAUUCCAUCUGGUUCUUUUGCCAGACGCUACCUCCCCCACCUGAACGAUGCCUACUAACAGCAAGUUCGAUGACCUCCUUGUCCAAUUGGAGACGGGCAAGUGGAACUUCAUGUUCUACAUCGCCACGGGAUACUGGAACAUGUGUCUGGCUCCUCACAUCCUGGGCAUGGCCUUCCUGGCCCCCCAGGUAGACUACUACUGCGUCCCUCCCGAGAACGGCUACACCGUCACCUCAUACUCCUUUGGUCUCAGUGGCAAAAACAUCACAUCAACAGACAACUGCUUCUAUCUGACGAACAGCAGCGGUGGUGGAGGCUUCGUGAAGGAGGGUUGUACCUCCUGGAGCUAUGACAACACCACCUUCACCUCCACCCUCACCUCUCAGUUCGACUUGGUGUGCUCGUCGGAGUACCUGAGGGCCACCUUCUCCAGUAUCUACAUGUUCGGCACCUUCUUCGGGGCACCCAUCAAUGGAAACCUCUCUGACAGGUUGGGCAGGAAGACAACGCUGACUGUGGGAACACUUAUCUAUUUCUCACUGGCCAUCGGUUCCUGCUGGAUCACUGUCUUCUAUGCUAUACUGGUGGUCCGCUUCAUCCUCGGCUUGUUACAUCCUGCCAUCCUGCAGUCUGGCUACAUCCUGGCAUUGGAGGUGACGGAGCCUAAGCACAGGUCUGUGGUGGGCAUCAUGCUGUCUCUGCCCUGGGCGGUGGGCACGAUGGCCUGGGGUGGAGUGGCUUACCUGGUCCGAGAGUGGCAUUGGCUACAGCUCAUCAUCACUCUUCCCAGUUUCGCCAUGUUACCAGCACUCUGGUUCCUGGACGAGUCGCCUCGCUGGCUGAUAGUGAAUGGUCGCUUCGACAGAGCCCUGAGGGUGCUGCGCAAGGCCGCCAGGUGGAACAAAACUACUCUCCCUUCUACUGAGGAACUUACCCUCCUCAUGAGGGCUAUACAGAAGGAGUCGACCAUAGCUAAGGAGGCAGCCCGGAACGGCAACUGUGAAGCAUUGACUUGUACACAGAAGAUUUCUCACUGUUUAAGGAGGCUCCUUAUACUCUUCAGGACACCAAAACUUCGCCUCAUUACCGUGGUGCUCUGCUUCAACUUCUUCAUGGUGGCGGCCACCUUCUAUGGGAUGUCCCUGAAUGCCAUUAACUACAGCGUCGACCCCUUCCUGUACAUGGUGGUGGGUGGACUGGUGGAGAUGCCGGGAUACACGCUCGUGGCACCUAUCGUGGGCCGCCUAGGCCGGAAGUGGCCCAACAUCGUCUGCUUCUUCACCAGUGGCACCGUCAUCAUGGCCCUUGCCUUCAUUCCCCCAGGUAUCUAUUGGCUGGUGAUGACGCUAGCCAUGGUGGGCAAAAUGUGCAUCAGCGCUGCCUUCCAGAUCCUUUAUCUCUACUGCAUGGAGCUCUUCCCUACGGAGGUACGGCUGCAGGGCCUAGGCUUCACUACCAUGGCCUCGAGAUUAGGCUCCAUGUUCUCCCCGUUCAUCACGGACUACCUGGGCCCGCUGUAUCCUUCAGCACCAUCGCUGACAUUCGGGAUAGCAGCCUUUCUGGCUGGCCUGUCCAUGCUACCCCUGAGGGAGACCCUCGGGGCCAAGCUACCCGACACCAUCUCAGAUAUAGAGACUCCUCGUCGCCAUUCCUGUUACCGUCGUGAGAACAGUUGUUCUGACACUGAGGAUGAACUGGAGAUGGCUAAGCUUCGCGCAUAAGACGUGCAUCCUAUUGUACACAGUUCUGCCUUCACAUCCUCUUGGUGAACAAUCUCCAGAAUAAACAGAUACACUUCAUAUAGUGUACAACCGUUCAUCAUUAGAACAACUGCUGAACAAUCUCCAGAAUGUGCAUCCUCUGGGUGAAAUAUUGGUGUGGUGAUUCUGUGUGUAUGGAAAGUAAAUACAAGUCCCAGGAGUCACGUUGAAGGUGAAAAUUAUUGAGCAGUGUGAAAUGUAUUAUGACUCAGAGAUGAAUAAAUUCCUGAACCGGUGGUGAAAAAAUAUAUGUUGUGGCAAAGUGUUUGAAAAAUAUAUAUUGCAACCUAGAUGUGAAUGAGAGCCUGGUGUUGUGAACCGUUGAUGAACACGUUACUACCGUGAACCACUGUUAACAUUUCUGAAAUGAUCUCUCGCAAAAAAAAAAAAAGUUGAGGAUAAUGUGACUAAUCUGUAGACAAGUUUUUGCUGUUUUGACCCAGUAAGAUGGAACUCAGCAGUUUGUCCCAAGAGAUGCUGGCAUACUGGUAGAACGAACUUAGUAGGUUUCCACAGGUGCUGGGACAUAAGCAGAAGCCUUUAUAAAUGAACUGAAUUGGCUUCUGCAGGAGGCACUGGGACAAGAGAAAUUUUGAAUAAAGAAACUUAAUAGGUUCUUGCAGGUGUUAGAGAAAAAGGUAGAUUUUUCAAGGUCCUCAUUAGGUUCCUACGAGAGAUACUGGCACAUAAGUAGAAGCCUUCAAGAAGGAACUUUAUAGGUACUUGCACAUGCCAGAACAACCAGACUGUGAUAGCUAUUUAGAUUUGUGUGCUGCAGACAGCAAUUAUCUGGGUGAUCAGGCGGUCAGUAGAAAAACUGCACUUCAGGGUCAGGCUACCAUGAGUACAACUCUUGGAUAUCAGCUGCAGGUAAGCAAAGAGACAUUAUCUAACGAUACAAUAACUCUGAAACAUUAUCCAGGCAUUUAGUCAGUGACAAACAUUAACCUGGGAUAUAGUGCUCUGUAGACUAUCCCAGAAUACAGUAAUCAGUGGAUGUACAACCAUAAAGGUAUUAUUACCCAACGAUCUAUUACUCGAAAUUUUCCAGAUUAUUCUUCAAUGAUGCAUUAUUUUCUCAUUUAGAUGACAUGUAUAGAUGACAUAUAAAUAUAUCCUGUGACAAUAGUGUUGUGUAUGGUGUAUCAUGUGAGAAUGUGGUGUAUCAUGUGAGAAUGUGGUGUAUCAUGUGAGAAUGUGGUGUAUCAUGUGAGAAUGUGGUGUAUCAUGUGAGAAUGUGGUGUAUCAUGUGAGAAUGUGGUGUAUCAUGUGAGAAUGUGGUGUAUCAUGUGAGAAUGUGGUGUAUCAUGUGAGAAUGUGGUGUAUCAUGUGAGAAUGAUGUGCAUGUGGACGGUGUUUGUAGAUUUAUAUUUUGAGUGAUGUAUACCCAAAAAAAUAUUUUGAGUUAAAAAAAAUUAUUAUGUAGAUUUUACAGUAACCUGAUUUUAAAAAAUAACUAUUAUAAAGACGUGGAUUAUUAUUAUUAUUAUUAUUAUUAUUAUUGUUGUUACAGAGCACUAUACUCAUAAGAGUCACCCAGCACCUGGGGAAUGGAAGGCAAAUUCGGUCCAAGGAAAUAGAGAGGUAGCUCCAGCUUUCUGGAUCAAGAACCCCUUCUCUUUGCAGAGGCAGAGAUGUGUCAGUGUCCUGUGUCAGGUCCGGACGAGACCGCGUGCCUUGAUUCUGGUGAAGGGCUCUUGAUCCUAAGAAAUGGAGUUACCUUCCCUUGGGACAAACGUCAUUACCUUCACUGCCCCAGAUAUUGUUUAACCUCUAAGGUUUAAAACUUCCCGAUAUACUACUAAUAAUAAAAUACCCACUCUUUA